CUUAUGUUCUUUUAUCCAGUACUUUGUUCUUUUAUUCGGUUGUGUCUGACUCUUCAUGACCACAUUUGGUGUACUCAUCUUGUUUCUUUCAUUUUGUCCACCAGCUUUUCUUCCAAUAUCACCCUCUUUGCCACUAGUGACAUUUGAUUGUCAUCAAUUUUCAGAGUGAUUUUUUUCAAAUAUCUUCAUUUUAUAAACUCCCUCCCUUGUGUAACUCAUUCUUUCUUCCCCAAAAAAACUUCUGCAAAUCUACUGGGGUUUUGUUUGGAUUUAGGGUGGUUUGACAUGUGUGAUGUUUGACUUAAUGAGAGCAUUGUUGAGGCUGUGAACUAAGAAAGCCCAUUACAGGGAAGGGGGGGGGUGUGGAUUGGAGUCUUCAGGUAUAAAUUGUGGAGCAAUUAUAAAUGAAGAGGGAAAAGAGCUAUUUGGAGGACCACCCUCAAAACCACAAAAAUAUUUACUCUAAAUGUUUUGCUUCCUCCUGCCCUGGGCUUUCUAUAGAGAUACCUUCCUAAAUGCGUCUUCUAGGUUUCAGUCCCUGCCUGACCUGUACCUCUCUGCUGUCAGCAAUGAUGGUGGCUUUCCCAGUCUCCUCACAGCCAAGAUAUCUGAUUUUCUUCUUUUUCCUCCAGUUGCCCACGCUGGACUCAGCUCAGUUCGAUGUGAUUGGGCCUGUUAAACCCAUCUUGGUCAUGGUUGGAGAAGACGUUGACUUACCCUGUCACCUCUCACCUAAUAUAAGUGCUGAGAGUAUGGAGGUGAGGUGGUAUAGAAAUAAAAUCUCUCCAGCUGUGUAUGUGUAUCAGAAAGAAAAGGAUCAAGAAGGAGAGCAAAUUAAGGAGUAUCAAGGGAGAACAACAUUUGUUCGAGACAAUAUCACUGAGGGGAAUGUGGCUGUGACAAUCCACAAUGUCAGAGCUUCUGAUGAUGGACAAUAUCGCUGCUUUUUCAAAGAUGACCAAAUGUAUGAAGAAGCUGUCAUAGAGCUGAAGGUGGCAAGUCCCUUCUUCUCAAAGUUAUCUCCUUGGAUGAUGUCUAUGGCUGUGAUUCUUACUGCUCUUGGACUUCUCACUAUUGGGGCCAUAUUUUUCAUCUGGAAACUACAUAGAAACAAAAACAAAGAAAAAGAUAAUAAAUCCUUCAACAAAGAGAAACUCCAGGAAGAGCUAAGAUGGAAAAAGGCUCAGUUGCAUGCAGUUGAUGUAACUCUGGAUCCAGACACAGCUCAUCCCCAUCUUUUCCUGUACGAGGGUUUGAAAUCCAUCAGGUUGGAAGACACACGACAGAAGCUGCCUGACAAGCCAGAGAGAUUUGAUUCUUGGCCUUGUGUACUAGGCCGAGAAGGCUUCACCUCAGGGAAACACUACUGGGAAGUAGAAGUGGGAGAUAGAACUGAUUGGGCUAUAGGAGCUUGUAAGGAAAAUGUGAUGAGGAAAGGAUUUGAUCCCAUGACCCCUGAGAAUGGGUUUUGGGCUAUAGAGUUGUAUGGAAACGGAUAUUGGGCUCUUACUCCACUCCGGACCCCCCUUCCUCUAACAGGGCCUCCUCGUCGUAUAGCAGUGUUUUUGGAAUAUGAAUCCGGACAUAUCUCCUUCUAUGACAUGACUAAUGGAUCACACGUCUACACUUUUCCCCAAGCUUCUUUUUCUGGGACUCUCCGGCCUUUCUUCUGCCUUUGGUCUUGUGGUAAAAAGCCCCUUACAAUCUGUCCAAUAUUUAAUGGGCCUGAUGAAGUCACUGUGAUUGCUAAUGCCCCUGUCCCUUCUAAGGAGAGCCUAGUGACCCCCACAAGUGAAAGAUCCACUCCUGGGGAUGCAGAUAUUCCCCAAAGGUCCAAUUCUAAAUUAUUCCCAAUCCAACUCAAUAAUGGGGCCCUGGAUCAUUAGGAAUCCCUCUGUCUUCCCUUCCAUUUUCACUCUUCCUCUCUAAGGUCUAUAGCUGCCUACAUUACCUGGCUUAUCUGUUGCUACCCAUGGGGCAGUGAAGAGACUUGGGGAAACUAAAUAUUGCUUAUUCCACAAAGGGUUCCCUAGAUAGGGAGAGGAACUUAAAGGGGGCAAAACUUAAAAUCAUUUUUGUAGUCAUAGUUAGGGUGAGGAUCUUUCUAAACUAUUGCUGCUGUAUCAGCUGGGUGUUGAUAAAGGAGAGUUGAGGGAAUGGGUCAGGUAAGACUACUUAAGAGACAUAAAGCAGAGUCUUCUUAGUUAUAUGAAUAGGGGAGCUGUGAAGGACCAGGACUUAAAAGAGCAAAGAGAACAAAUGAUACUUAGGGAGUGCUAGAAAAAGGAAGGUCACAAAUUAACAGGUUGAGUUCAAAGAGAUAUGUUUGGAGCAAGAGUAAGAAAACUGAAAAGGACAUAAA